ACUCGUGAGAACAGGCAGAAACAGCUCAGUGAUCAUGACUUCUACUUUUGCAAAAGUAACGUCAGAAAACUCAUACCUUUGUCUCUGGUCCUCUUUAUUUAAGGUUUAUCAUCUGAUUAACCCUUUCAAGCAGCACUGAUGCCUUUCAAACUACAUCAAAAUGGAGUGUCUGUCAUCUGUAAAGAUUUUACAGAAGAAGACAUUUCUGGUCCUCUUGGUCAUCUGUACUGCCAGUUUUUUGCUGCACAUGAACCACAUCAACUGGACCAUGGAGGUCUUCCAUAGAAGUCCAGCCUCUCACUCUCUGGCGCAUAAGCAUACCAACGUUGCUUUCCUCAAGACCCACAAGACAGCCAGCAGCACCCUGCAGAACAUACUGUUUCGAUUUGCAGAGCACAACAACUUGACGAUGGCAUUGCCUAGAUCAAACUGUGCUCCCCUGUUCUGUUACCCAAA